AUGUUUAAGCUUCACAACAUCAACGAUGGUGAGGACAUCUACCAGAGGUGUCUUCUCAUUACUGGCCAGUGCGAAGAAUCUAACCAACAAGAUACCUUUCUGCAACUCUCCCUUACCUACAUCCCUCCUACAAACGUUCCUCCUCUUCACCUCGCUAUCAUGGUAGCGAAAGAUUCUCCUCUCCUGGUAGACUGCCCCCCGAGCAAGUUUGGAUCCAUUUCCUCCACACACUCAGAUUUGAGCGCCAUGGUAGCCAAGAUGCGAAUGGCUGCAUGCAUGUGGCAAGCUCUAACAGCUGAGGAGAUGCGAGCUGCUGGUCUUGGCCGACGUGCUUUUCGGCUCGAGGACGAAUGGGGGAGCAACACUCUGAGCCAACAGUUUUUGAGAAAUCCGCUGAGCAACGAGACAACGGGCUCAACAAUCAAAGUCCACAUUAUUCGAACAGAUAAGACAGUUGCCGAACUUCGAGAUGCGAACAUUGCUCAACAGAACGACAAGGGUAGGGAUAGGGACGCGCUACACCGAAUCUUUUCCAACGCUCUCAAGGCCCACGGCGCGCCGUUCCAGUCGCAUUCUCGUCCCGUUGUUGCAGGCCUCAUUUUGGAUUCCGCCUUUGAUCAACAGAAGAACAUGAUUUUAGGUCACGCCGCCCUCGGGGCGCAUAAUCCAGAUGGAUUAUCUCUUGGUAUCUUUGGUAGCCACCUCGCUUAUUCGUGGCCAAGGUUCAUCGAGGAAGUCCCCGCCUGUCUCUUGGACACAACCUUGCCAGGAGAUACAGUAGGUAAUGACAAUGGCGAAUGUGCUACAAACUGGGAGGCCUGCGCUGUUGGUCAAGGCGCCUUUCUCCAUGAAGUCGGGCACGCCUUUUCUGCGCCACAUACUACCGGUAUCAUGGCUCGAGGCUAUUCGCGAGACUGGACCAAGUGCUUUCUCUCCACCAUCGCUUAUAGUGGGCAUCUAAAGCGACAGGAUGAGAUUCCCAUCACUAACGAGACCAAUCACCAGUGUCACUGGGACUUGGAAGACAUGCUGCGCUUCUAUAAUCUACCUCAUUUCCAGCUCCCUUCGGAUACUCCCCGGAGCUCCGCCAGUCCAACUACCAUCGUGGAUGACGACAGUGACCCUAUCCGUCUCAUAGUACGAUGCGAAGCUGGCAUUGCCGCCGCUAAGCUCAACGGAGAAGACGUUGAGACCGCGCCCAUUUCAAACCCAACAAAAGAAUUAGCCUUCAAUGUGAAUGAGCUGGAACAGAGAUUCGACAAGAAAAAGCCAUUAGAGCUUCGGAUCUUGAGCUUGAACGGAAAGCACACCAAUUUUCCCUUGUGGUCGCUAUUGUCCAGCCGAACUUACAUCCCUAUCCCCGGGUCUGGCAUCAGACUUCGUAAGAAGGGCGUCGGCCAACCCGAGACUGACGGGUCCGACUGGCGAUGGGUAGUCAUGCUCAAGAAGAGGAACCAGCAAGGCUCCAUGUCGAGGGCCUAUAAGAUCGACGUGAGGGUCGGCUGUGCGCUUGACGGGGCUGAGGUGUAUUUCGAAGAUGGGACCAAGAUUCCGUGCGGCCCCCGCGGUAGACAUGGGGCGGAUCCUGACAUGGGCGGGCACCAGGCUCGGAAGAUCAAAAUCCCAAGGAACGUAGAGGUGGCCAAGGUCUUGGUUGCACACCACGGAGGGAGUUCUCUAUCUGGCCUGCGUAUGGUGCUUUCUAAUGGGAAGGCCAUUGGUGCCUUGAACAAAAACGGUUCAACUAUUACGCCGUUGGUCCCAGAUGAUGGUCAGAAAAUUGUUGGCUUUUACGGAAGUAGUGGUGAGUAUGGGUUGUGCAGCGAGUUUGGCAUUAUCACGGCACCCAGAGACGUUGAAAUCCCCGACUCUGUCUAUGACAUGCCCGAGUUACAGAAUCUCCCGAAGGAUGGAAAUGAGAGGGGACAUCGUAAUAAGAAGAGAAAGGUCAGCCGGAGCAAUUAUGACAGUGGUACGGAGGGCGACGGAUACACCUCUGAGGAUGUCGAUGAAGGCUACGACUGCGAGUCUGACGCAGAUGAAUUUUAA